CAAAGACGAGGGGCAGCAGUGUUCCAGCAUGGCGUCUAAUGGCAAAAAGCGUGGUCUGGAACAUUUGGACGAAUAUGAACCAAAACCAGCCAAACAUCUCCGCAGCCUGCAUGAUCGAAUGGCAGAGAGGCGGCUGGUGGUUAUUUUGGAAAGGGCGUCGUUAGAAACAGUCAAGGUUGGAAAAACGUUUGAGUUAUUAAACUGCGAUCAACACAAAAAUAUGAUUGUCAAAAGUGGAAGAGACCCUGGACAUAUAAGACCUGACAUCACUCAUCAGUGUUUGUUGAUGUUGAUGGACAGUCCUCUGAACAGGGCUGGUUUACUGCAGGUUUAUAUUCACACAGAGAAGAAUGCUUUAAUAGAGAUCAACCCACAAACCCGUAUCCCAAGAACAUUCCCUCGCUUCUGUGGCCUUAUGGUUCAACUGCUCCACAAACUAAGUGUCCGGGCGGCCGAUGGUCCUCAGAAGCUUUUAAAAAUGAUCAAAAACCCAGUGUCUGACCACCUCCCUCCAGGCUGUCCUCGCAUUGGCACCUCUUUUUCUUCUGGAGAAGCGGUUUGCCCCCGAACGCUGGUGCCUGAAGGACCAGCCGCUGUGGUUAUAGGAGCAUUCGCACAUGGAGCAGUGAACGUGGACUACACAGAAAAGACCGUUUCCAUCAGUAACUACCCUUUGUCUGCUGCACUGACCUGUGCAAAGAUGUGCUCAGCCUUUGAAGAAGUCUGGGGCGUCUUAUGACAAAAUACAACCCCUGGACUCAUGUUACAAAUCUAUACCGUGGACUUUUUCCUUGUGUGUUUCUAUAAUGGUGACUGGCCAUGAAGAAUAUACAUUUUUACAGUUUUUCUUUUCACAUAUAAAAUAAUACUUCCUUCAUGAG